AUGUUGGGAUCUCGUCGUCAGCAGAUUGUAACCAUGAUGCCGAUGGGACGAGUCCUCCAUCUCCACCCAUCUCUUCAUGGUAUUCGAUUUGCCAGCACCGAAUUCAAAAAGGUCAUGGUGGCCAAUCGCGGUGAAAUUGCGACUCGAGUAUUCCGAGCCCUCACCGAGCUCAACAAAACAUCUGUUGCCAUCUUUUCAGAACAGGUAAGUAUUAGUCUUUGAUUUUAUUGAUGGUUACAUCCAUGUUUUAGGAUAAGCAUUCCAUCCAUCGUCUAAAAGCGGAUGAGGCUUAUUUGGUGGGUAAGGGACUCCCUCCAGUUGCGGCUUACCUCAAUAUCGACCAGAUCAUAGAGAUUGCUGUCAGAAAUGGGAUUGAAGCCAUUCACCCCGGGUACGGGUUUCUUUCGGAGAGGUCGGACUUUGCCAGAGCUUGCCAGGAAGCUGGUAUUGUAUUCAUCGGACCCAGUGCUGAUGUAAUGGCUCGAAUGGGAGAUAAAGUGGCUGCGAGACAAGCAGCUAUUGAGGCUGGAGUUCAGGUUGUCCCCGGAACCCCAGGCCCUGUGUCCAGUGUAGAAGACGUAAAGGAGUUCGUAAGGCAAUAUGGAUGCCCAAUCAUCAUCAAAGCCGCAUUUGGAGGUGGUGGAAGAGGAAUGAGGAAAGUGGAGCACGAGGAAGAAGUAAGAAUUCUUAUUCGAUGUAAUAUUACGUAUAAUUUAGGUUGAAACCGCUUACCAUCGGGCAUUCUCAGAAGCUCAAGCCGCUUUUGGAGAUGGUUCUUUGUUUGUUGAGAAGUUUGUAGAACGGCCACGACACAUCGAAGUUCAGAUCAUGGGUAAAAUGGCAGACAAAGUGCGAAUUAUAUUAUUUUAGGUGACAAAUACGGAAAUAUGGUCCAUUUAUACGAGCGAGAUUGCUCAGUUCAACGACGACAUCAGAAAGUCGUGGAGAUUGCUCCAGCCCCAUCUCUGGAUGAAGGAGUCCGUGAAAAGAUGCUGGCUGAUGCGUUGAAGUUGGUCAAACAUGUUGGAUACGAGAAUGUGGGGACCGUUGAAUUCCUUCUCGAUAACAAGAACAAUUUCUAUUUCAUGGAAGUGAAUGCUCGUCUGCAGGUUGAACACACAGUGACUGAAGAAAUUACAGGGUAAGUGGUAUGUAUCAGUCAUAAAUGAACUUUGUUCAGAGUGGAUCUUGUCCAAGCUCAAGUCAGAAUCGCUGAAGGCAAGACUCUCGAAGAAUUGAAGUUGAAGCAAGAGAAUAUUCAUCUUCAUGGAUCUUCAAUCCAAUGCCGAGUCACCACUGAAGAUCCGGCCAUGAACUUUCAACCAGAUACCGGUCGAAUUGAAGUAUUCAGAUCUGGAGAGGGAAUGGGAAUCCGUUUGGACUCGGCUUCGGCGUUUGCUGGAUCAGUCAUUUCACCUCAUUAUGACUCCCUUCUGGUCAAGGUCAUUGCUCACGCCAGAAAUCAUCCGAACGCGGCCGCCAAGAUGGUUCGAGCUCUGAAAGAAUUCAGAAUCAGAGGUGUUAAAGUGAGCAAUAGAUGGUAUUCUGAAUAAUUACUAUUACUUGUAGACGAAUAUUCCUUUCUUGUUGAAUGUUCUGGAACAACCAAACUUCCGAGAUGGCUCUGUUGACACGAAUUUUAUCGACGAACAUCCAGAACUUUUCAAUUUCAAGCACAGUCAAAACCGAGCCCAAAAGAUCCUCAGGUAUCUAGGAGAACUGCAAGUGAAUGGACCUCUGACUCCGUUAGUUACUGACCUCAAGCCAAAGAAUGUUACCCCAUCUAUCCCAUACAGCCCUCCAGGUAACUUAAUUGGUAAUUAGGUAAUUACUCAAUUUCAGAUCUGAAACCACCCACCGGCUUCCGUGAUAUUCUUGUCCAAAAAGGUCCUGAAGCCUUUGCUAAAGCUGUCCGCAAGCAUAAGGGCUGUCUUCUGACAGAUACCACCUUUCGCGAUGCCCAUCAGAGUCUUCUGGCCACCAGAGUCAGGACGUACGACCUUCUCCAGAUCGCUCCCUUCCUCUCUCACAACUUCAGCAAUCUGUUUUCCUUGGAGAAUUGGGGAGGUGCUACCUUUGAUGUAUCCAUGAGAUUCCUCCACGAAUGUCCUUGGGAAAGACUUGAACAGUUGAGGAAAUUGGUCCCUGGAAUCCCGUUCCAGAUGCUGUUGAGAGGUGCCAAUGCUGUUGGUUACUCCAGUUUCCCUGACAAUGUCAUCAACAAGUUCUGCGAACUGGCAGUGAAGAGUGGAAUGGAUGUGUUCAGAGUAUUCGACUCUCUCAAUUACGUUCCCAAUAUGAUUGUGGGAAUGGAAGCCAUUGGGAAGGCUGGCGGAGUCAUCGAAGCGGCCAUCUCUUACACUGGAGAUGUCUCCGAUCCGAACAGAACCAAAUACGACUUAAAGUAUUAUCUGGACUUGGCUGAUCAGUUGGUCAAAGCAAACGCUCACAUCUUGGCCAUCAAGGAUAUGGCCGGUGUUUUAAAGCCUCAGGCGGCCAAGUUGUUGAUCUCUGCCCUUAGAGAUCGCCAUCCAGACAUCCCAAUCCAUGUCCAUUCUCAUGACACUGCUGGAGCUGCUGUUGCCUCGAUGUUGGAGUGCGCCAAAGCUGGUGCUGAUGUUGUUGAUGUGGCUGUGGAUUCGAUGAGUGGAAUGACAAGUCAGCCAUCGAUGGGUGCUGUCGUGGCGUCAUUGGAGAACACCCCGUUGGACACCGGAAUCCAUUUGAAUGACGUUUCCAAGUACAAUGCCUACUGGGAAACUGCUCGUCAAUUGUAUGGCCCAUUUGAAUGCACUGUAACCAUGAAGAGUGGAAAUGCGGAUGUUUACAAUCAUGCCAUCCCGGGUGGUCAGUACACCAAUCUGCAAUUCCAGGUAAAACGAAAGUCGGGUUAACAUUGUUCUACACAUUGAAACAAUUGCAAUUUUAUUUAUUUUCAGGCUUUCUCUUUGGGAUUGGGAGAGAAAUUUGACGACGUUAAGAAGAUGUACGCUGAGGCCAACGAAGUCCUCGGCGACAUCAUCAAGGUCACUCCAUCCAGCAAGAUCGUCGGAGAUUUGGCCCAAUUUAUGGUCCAGAACAACCUCAACAAGCAGACGGUGGUAGAGAGAGCCGAAGAGUUGUCCUUCCCCACAUCUGUUGUCCAAUUCUUUGAAGGUCAGAUCGGUCAACCACCUUAUGGGUUCCCCGAACCAUUGAGAACCAAAGUUCUGAGAGGAAAGAAGAAGUUGGAGGACAGACCUGGAAAAGAUUUGGCUCCUUUGGACUUUGACAAGUUGAAGAACAGCCUGGAAGCCAAGCAUGGUCGGACACUCAGAGAUGUGGAUGUUAUGUCAUCAGCCAUGUUCCCAAGAGAAUUCGAUGAGUUUGAGCAGUUUAGACAGACUUAUGGACCGGUAGAUAAGCUGAACACACGAGUAUUUUUGACUGGUUUGGGAACCGCUGAAGAGACAGACGUAGGUUCAUUUUCAUACGUAAUUGUUAAAAACAAUGAUGACAAGUAUUAACCAGUGUUUUUAGGUAACAAUCGAAAAGGGAAAAACCCUCGUGAUCCAAGCUCUCGCUGAAGGAAAGCUUAACAACAACGCUGAACGCGAAGUAUUCUUCGAACUGAACGGUCAGAUGAGAUCCAUCUUCGUUCAAGACAAAGAGGCCGCCAAAGAUGUCGUGGUGAGACCCAAGGCCCUUCCCGGAGUUAAGGGAUCUAUUGGAGCUCCAAUGCCCGGAGAAAUCCUGCAGAUUAAUGUCAAGGAAGGAGAUGUUGUUCGAACCAAGACUCCUCUUUUUGUUCUGUCGGCCAUGAAGAUGGAAAUGAAUGUAGAUGCUCCCAUCAAUGGCACCAUCAAGAAGAUCUACUUGAAGGAGGGCGAAAAGGUCCAUCCCAACGAUCUAGUCAUCGAAAUAGAACCCCACAACUGA